CCAGCACCGGGCCAGGCAAGAUGGCGGCCAUGGAGACCCAGUCGGCGCCGCUGACCCUAGAAUCGCUGCCCACCGAUCCGCUGCUGCUCAUCUUGUCCUUCCUGGACUACCGGGACCUAAUCAAUUGUUGCUAUGUCAGUCGAAGACUUAGCCAGCUAUCAAGUCAUGAUCCGCUGUGGAGAAGACAUUGCAAAAAAUACUGGCUGAUAUCUGAGGAAGAGAAAACACAGAAGAAUCAGUGUUGGAAAUCUCUCUUCAUAGAUACUUACUCUGAUGUAGGAAGAUACAUUGACCAUUAUGCUGCUAUUAAAAAGGCCUGGGAUGAUCUCAAGAAAUAUUUGGAGCCCAGAUGUCCUCGGAUGGUUUUAUCUCUGAAAGAGGGUGCUCGAGAGGAAGACCUAGAUGCUGUGGAAGCUCAGAUCGGUUGCAAACUCCCUGAUGAUUAUCGAUGCUCAUAUCGUAUCCACAAUGGUCAGAAGUUAGUGGUUCCUGGGUUGUUGGGAAGUAUGGCGCUAUCCAAUCACUAUCGUUCUGAAGAUUUGUUAGAUGUCGAUACAGCUGCCGGAGGCUUCCAGCAGAGACAGGGAUUGAAAUACUGUCUCCCUUUAACUUUUUGCAUACAUACUGGUUUGAGUCAGUACAUAGCAGUGGAAGCUGCAGAAGGCCGAAACAAAAAUGAAGUUUUCUACCAAUGUCCAGACCAAAUGGCUCGAAAUCCAGCUGCUAUUGACAUGUUUAUCAUAGGUGCUACUUUUACUGACUGGUUUACUUCUUAUGUCAACAAUGUUGUAUCGGGUGGCUUCCCAAUCAUCAGAGACCAAAUUUUCAGAUAUGUUCACGAUCCAGAGUGUGUGGCAACAACUGGGGACAUUACGGUUUCAGUUUCUACAUCGUUUCUGCCAGAACUUAGCUCUGUCCACCCACCGCACUACUUCUUCACAUACCGAAUCAGGAUUGAAAUGUCAAAGGAUGCACUUCCUGAGAAGGCUUGUCAGUUGGACAGUCGCUAUUGGAGAAUAACAAAUGCUAAAGGUGAUGUAGAAGAAGUUCAAGGACCUGGAGUAGUUGGUGAAUUUCCAAUCAUCAGCCCAGGUCGGGUAUAUGAAUACACAAGUUGUACCACAUUUUCUACAACAUCAGGAUAUAUGGAAGGAUAUUAUACCUUCCAUUUUCUUUACUUUAAAGACAAGAUCUUUAAUGUUGCUAUUCCCCGAUUCCAUAUGGCUUGUCCAACAUUCAGGGUGUCUAUAGCCCGAUUGGAGAUGGGUCCUGAUGAAUAUGAAGAGAUGGAAGAGGAGGAGGAGGAGGAGGAGGAAGACGACGACGAUGAUGACUCGGCAGAUAUGGACGAGUCUGAUGAAGAUGAUGAGGAAGAGAGACGGAGGAGAGUCUUUGAUGUUCCCAUUCGCAGACGCAGAUGCUCUCGCCUUUUUUAGGGAAGCCGUGCUGAUGGAAGCCCUGGCGCGAAUCCAGUCCGUUAAAUAGAUUUCCCAAUAAUGUAAAUAACUAAAUUGUUCGUUCUCCGCAUAUAGCAGGAAAACUAGCAUGAAAUAUUGUUACAGGCCCUGGGUUCUAUGCGACACUACGUUAGGAAUUGGAUCGUUUUGGUUUGCUUUGUGUUUUUGAAGUAGAGGAGGAAAUGGGAGUCUUUUUUUCUUUCUCUCUCUCUUCUAGAAGUCAGUGGGAGAAUAAUUCUCUAGCUACAGAACAGACAUUUCUUUGUUUCAAAAUAUUUUAUACUUCUAUAAAUGUGGAAAUGGAGGGGAUUGUUUUGAAUAAGGAUUGAAAAUGUAGCAGAAAUACCUACACAAGGAUAGAGAGAAACUAUGUGACUGGAUGAUUCUGUGAAAAGACUUCUUGCAGUUGUGAAUUACUUAGAAAUGAACAGAAUUUAUAAUUAGGCUAAUCCAUUUAGUAAUUCCUAUAUAUUUUGUACUCACAGGGAACUAAUCGACUAAAACAGCUUGAAUGCUAGUUGUUUGUCCUUUCUUAGACAAUCUGUCCUUGAAUUUAAAGUUUUCAUCACUACGACCUUGACCUUAAAGUCUUUAUCACUAUGACCUUGGCCUUGCAUUUAGUCUUCAACUCUACCAACCUUGAAUUUAUUUUAAAAUCUUCAACAUGACAACCUUGAACUUAAAGUCUUUAACGUUAUGACCUUUGUCAUACUGUUCACAGAUGCAUCACUUUUGACAAUGUAGUGUGUAAAAGUAUGUAUUGUGUUGUUUAUUAACAAGUCUUCACGAUGUCUCAUGUAGUCUAAAUUUGUAAAUACUGCUUCUGUUUUGUUUCUGCUUUAUACACUUGAUUGUCUAACUUUGUGAUAAGUGACAUGAAUUUUAUGUUAAGAUUAAGUAUGUUUUCCUGAAACAUGGAUUUUUUUUUUGUAAUUAUAUAAUUGAGAGUUUGGAAUGAAAUCCUCCAAGUGGCAAAAACUCACAUUUUAAAAACGAGUUUUGGUUCUGA